AUAGCUUUAUGGCAUUUCAGUCUCGAUUCGGAAACACUGAUAUCAAGUUGGAUCCAAAAAUGAGUCUUGAAUUAUCCGAUCGCCAAAAGCAGUUCAUCGAAUCCAUAGCAACCUCAGAAGGUUUCAAUCAUUUCACAAUCGAAUUGGACCAUGGAUCUCUAAAAGGUGAUAACUAUUUCGGGAUAAUAACUGUGGUAACUGUUCAAGAGAUAAUAACAAAGAGAAAAUUACAUUUGAUCCUGAAAUCGGCACUUCAAGGAGAAAAUCUGAGAAAGAAAGUUCCUGUACACCAAGUAUAUGAACGAGAAAAUUUCCUUUAUAAUGUUAUUCUGAAAAACUUGGAUGAGCUUCAGAAAGAACACAAAGUGAAGGAAUUCUUUGACGGAACCGCCCGUUAUUUCGGAGGUUUAAGUGAGGUAAAUGAAGAGUGUCUUGUGUUGGAAAACCUGAAAGAAAGAGGUUUCAAACUUUGGGACAGAAAGAAACCGAUGGACUCUCAUCAUGUUGGAGCAGUUAUGGCACAGUAUGGAAAGUUUCAUGCUCUCUCUUACGCCCUGAAGAAGUUGAAACCAGCCGUGUUUUCGAAGAUUACAGAAAACUUUCACAAUGUUCUCAAUGAAAAUAUGACUAAUACGGAUCUGGAAGAUUCCAUGAUAAACACCAUGGAUAGAGCUUUCAAAGCCGUUAUGGGAAACAUGUCCGCCGUAGCUGGACUGAAAAGGUUUAUGGAAACUUCGAAAGUUUUCUUCAAGCAAACAUUGAAAGCUAAAGAUAAAUAUAGUGUUAUCCAACAUGGAGAUAGCUGGUGUAACAACAUUAUGUUCAAAUAUCAGGUUCGUAUUCAUAUACCUACAUAUACAUAUUUCAACUGA